CGAAAUUUUUAGUUUAGCCAAUUAGAUCAAAGUGUAUGUCACGUGGUUUAAAGACAACGACAUCAAUCCGGCGGGAAGUUUGGUCGUCUGCGUAUCCUGAAUAUCCAGUAAUUUAGUAAAUAAAGCACACUAGUAAAAAACCAGACCAAAAUGCCAGGAGAGAAGGAAACUACAACUGAGGAAGUGAAGGCAACCGAGACCACGGAGACCAAAACAAAGGAAGUCAAGGAAGUAGAAGAAACAGAAAAGAAGGAGGUUGAGACCACUACUGAGGAAAAAACAGAAAAGACGGAAGAAACAAAGACAGAAUCAGAAGAGAAAACAGAUGAAAAUGGUGCUGAAGAUAAGGAUGAUUCCAAUCAAAAUGCAAACACAGAUGAGACAUCAGUAGAAAAGAGGGCGUCGGAAGAGGAUUCCGAGGAGGCGAGUCCUACCAAAAAAGUGAAAAAGGACGAGGCCCCAGAAGGCGAGCAACAAGUGGAGGCAGCUUCAGCUUAGAUCUCUUCAUUACAUUUCAUUCAUCUCAACUGUACAAAAUCAUGUUUUUAUAUGUUGUCUUAAGUGUUUUAAGAUCAUACCCAUGUUACUUAUUUAAGGAUCAAGUGGAAGGACAGAAAUUGUUUCAACAUUUUUACGUUGGUGUUAAUAUACAAUAAAUAUAGUCUAGU